CGCUCGUACUCGACUGCUGCACCUGCAGCAAGCACAAGAAAGGUUGGUGCUCUUAGAGGUGGGUUCACCGGGUUUUUGUUGGGAGUCUCUGCUACCGGCGCGGCCUCGUACUACUACUUGCUAGACGAGUUCACCAAGUCCAACAACGUGAUUCUUCUUGACUUGUUGAAGUUGAACGAGACCGUGCAGAACUUGGAGCAGCACGUGAGAACGUUGGAGCAAGGCAAG